GCUCUGAUCGCGUUCCAUGGACAGAUUUCAUCACCAUCGACUGCGGCCUCGACGCGGACGGGGCCUACCCUGACAAGAAUACCCUUGGCCUCCGCCACGUCCCCGACACCGGCUUCACCGACGCAGGGUUCAACGCCCCCGUCCGGCCGCCGUACUACAAGCCGGACUGGUUCGAUCUGUACCGGACCGUCCGCUACUUCCCCGACGGCGGCGGCGCCAGCAAGCGGCGGAGCUGCUACACGCUUGGGCCUGUCUCGCCGGGCCGCCGGUACCUCGUCCGGGCAAGAUUCUACUAUGGGAACUACGACGGGCUGGAAGCAACGCCCCCCGUGUUUGACAUCCACAUCGGCGUGAACCGUUGGACCACCGUGAAUAUCACCUCUCCCAAGUCCAGGCAUGUCAUCGAGGCGGUGACAGUGCCGCCGGUCGAUUUCUUGCAGGUGUGCUUGGUGGAUACAGGGUGGGGUACACCAUUCAUCUCUGGGCUUGAGCUGAGGCCGCUCGGGGAGACCAUGUACCCGGAGGCCACGGUCGACCAGUCGCUGCUUCUCCUCAGGCUUGCCCGGCCAUCAUGGUUAGCCGAUUACAGUAACAACCGAUUUCAUUUCGGGAAAGGCAGUUUCAUCAGGUACCCAGAUGAUCCGGAUGACCGUUCCUGGCAAAGAUACAAAGAUCCUACAUGGACCAACAUAAAUACCACAGACACUGUAGACAUCACAAACACCAUUAACUUCGACGAGCCAAACAAGAUACUGCAGAGCUGUGCCACUCCAGAGAACGGAACCUGGAUCAACUUCACAUGGAGCUCAGAUCCCGACCUGAAUGAUGACAAUGCAACUUACCUUCUGUUCCUCUACUUCGCGGAAUUAAAGAGAUUGCCAAGCAAUGCCCUAAGGAAGUUUGAUAUCCUUGUCGACAACGCUACAUGGAAAGGCAGCCAAAGCUACACCCCGAAGUACCUCUCUGCAGAGGUUGUGAAAACAAUGGUGCAGGGAUCGAGCCAACAUGCUGUCUCACUUGCUGGCACGCCGGACGCCACUCUCCCACCCAUCCUGAAUGCAUUUGAGAUAUAUUCAGUAAAACCAAUGACUGAGUUUGCAACAAAUGAUGCUGACGCCAAGGCCAUGAUGACAAUUCGCACAGCGUAUGCAUUAAAGAAAAAUUGGAUGGGUGAUCCUUGUGCACCAAAAUCAUUUGCUUGGGAUGGCCUGAACUGUAGUUAUCCUUCAUCUGGUCCUGCAUCAGUAACAGACCUGCUCUUAUCAUCUAGCAGGUUGGCUGGUGAAGUUCAUGUUUCUUUUGGUGAUCUGAAAUCCCUAAAAUACCUGGACUUGUCCAACAACAGCCUAUCUGGUUCAAUUCCUGAUUUCCUAGCGCAAAUGCCAUCCCUCACAUUCCUUGAUCUGUCAAGCAACAAUCUCAGUGGAUGGGUUCCUGCUGCUCUACUAGAAAAGAGCCAAAACAGAUCUCUUGUGUUCAGGGCUGAAAACAACCCAAAUCUUUGCAACAAUGGUGCUUCCACAUGCAAGUCGGGGGACAAGAAACGCAACAAAACAAUUGUCAUUGCAACAGUUGUUCCAAUAGCAUUAGCAACUCUACUGUUUUUGGCAGCAUUUCUUAUCAUUCGUAAUAUGAGAAACAAACGAGAUAGAUGGAUGGCAAACAACUCAAGGCUCAGUAGCCCUCGGGAUCGGCCAAAUAUAUUCGAGAAUAGGCAAUUUUCCUACAAGGAGUUGAAGCUCAUAACAGCUAACUUCGUACAAGCAAUAGGGAGAGGAGGAUUUGGUGAUGUGUUCCUGGGCUACUUGGAGAAUGGAAAUCCAGUAGCUGUCAAAAUGCGUUCAAAAACAUCCUCCCAAGGGGAUAAAGAGUUUUUAGCUGAGGCUCAACACUUGGGUAGAGUUCAUCACAAAAACCUAGUUUCCUUGAUUGGAUAUUGCAAGGACAAGAAACAUUUGGCCCUUGUAUAUGAAUACAUGCGUGGAGGAAACCUAGAGGACCGUCUAAGAGGGGAGUCCACUACUGUUACACCCCUCACUUGGCCCCAGCGUCUCAAGAUUGCUCUCGACUCUGCCCAUGGAUUGGAAUAUCUACAUAAAUCAUGCCACCCGCCACUGAUACAUAGGGACGUGAAAACAGGGAAUAUUCUGCUGUCUGCUGAUCUUGAGGCGAAGAUAGCUGACUUUGGGCUCAUGAAGGUGUUCGCCGACCAGUUCAGGACCCAUGUUACCACUAAGCCGGUAGGUACCCUGGGGUAUCUUGACCCUGAAUACUAUAAUACACACCAGCUCAGUGAGAAGAGCGACGUAUAUAGCUUUGGAGUUGUGCUAUUGGAGCUUAUCACAGGCCAAUCACCGGCUGUCGCCAUAAGCGACACCGAGAGCGUCCACAUUGCACAGUGGGUGCGCCAGAAACUCUCGGAGGGUGACAUCGCAAGCAUUGCUGAUCCAAGGAUGGGAGGGAUGUACAAUGUCAACUCUGUUUGGAAGGUUGCCGAGUUGGCAUUGCAGUGCAAGGAGGAGCCAUCGCGGAAAAGACCGACAAUGACUGAUCUUGUGUUGGAGCUGAAAGAGUGUUUGGAGCUGGAGGUAUCUCAUGCAUUGACUGAUUACUGUAGCUCAUCAGUCCAAAGUACUACUGCAAAUAUCAGUGCAACAAGUGUUGAUUUGCAUACUGCAGAUCAAGGAACCGAUCAUCCGAGACAGCAUGCCCCCAUUUAUUUGGAACAGACAGUCAUGGCAUCAACAAGUAGCGUUGGUCCCACCCCACGAUGAGACCCGCAGAUAGUGGUGUUGGCAUCAACAGAUAGUCAUUAGCAAUUUUCCAUACCUCCAUGUGACCGUGUCCCUAGCAUGCAUGUACUGCAAACCAGGGCAGUGCAGUUUCAUAAUGCAUCACAGACAAAGUUUUGACGAAUGGCAUGAAAAUAUGUAUCCAAAGAAAAAUGAAUUCGUCAGAUUGAUUGAUAGAAAAUACCAGAAUUGGAUCGGUUA